CCCUUUAAUUGACUGUGGGCUGUCUUAUCAAAGUGUUCUUAUUACUUGGGCGUUUUGUACAACUUGCACUAUACUUCCCUUAGUAUUAGAAACAGAUGUUUAUGGGCUUCUACAAAAGGGAAAAGGGCUAUUUUGGAGUUUGGGCCUGGUAAUCUUGCAACAAAGCUGAGACUAAAAGUCAACGUGAAACUGAGUCCAGACAGAUCUAUGAUACCUAAAGCAGAAAGAUGUUGGGCACCCAGAAGUGUUCACACUGGAACUAAGUACAGUACCUACUUCUCAGGUUCUCUGCCAAGAUUUUCAAAAUAUUUUAUUAGCAUGUCUGUUUCUGUUCCAGUUGUGUAUGAAGGUUUCAUAAGCAAGAAGAAUGAUAAUACACAAAAAGUGGAGUGCUGUUAAAUGAGUGAGUCAAUGUCCUUCGCCCACCCUGUAUCUGUUUUGUAAUAAGGAUGUAGAAUAUUUAUAAAUAAAUUGGGUUGAUCAUUUGUUUUGAAGAGGUGGAUCACUAAGCUCUUGAACUAAAAGUCAGGCUUUUAAAAAAUCUAGUUUCAUAGGAAAUUCUAGAUGCCCAUUUUUGCAAAUGGUGGUGGUCAUCUCUGAAGAUGAUGUUCAAAUUCUGUUUAAGUCAGUUAAGCCUGUUUUGUUGCUUUGAAAAAUUGAGUAGAGAUUUCUCCUCUUGAGUCAGAAUUAAUUUUAGAGACAAGCAGUGAAUCAAACCAAGUCCCUAAAUCUUCUAAGAGUGAUUUCUAAGUGUGGUGUUUAGAUGGCAAACCUGAUAUCUUCACUGGAGAGCUGGUGCUGUGAAACCCAGCUAUUAAUAGACCUACGCCUAAGUACCUUCGAGGCUUUGCAGUUAGCACUGCCUUUGUCAAGCACAUAUUUUAUCUAUAAUAACUUAAUGAUACAAUAAAAAACGUAUGAAAUAGGAAAUAUUAUGUUCUAGCAUUUGAUUUAUUCAGAAACGAAGAGAGAACUGGUGGUGAAGAGGAAAAGAACAGGGAAGAAAUUGAGCCAAUGUUGUUUUUCAAACUCGGUUGUUGCCCUGCCCAUAUGGGCAGUGGAGACAGGGAGUUGCUGGGGAGCUACUCAAAGCUCACUGGCGUAGCUGAGCUUUCCAUGUGGGAAAAUAUCGGGUGUCAGAAGGAUUAGCUACUGAGUUGCCAGUUAGAAAACAGGUUUUGUGAUGAAAUGAUGUGUGCUAAGCACGCACAUCAAGUCCAGUGGAAACUAAACAAGAUUUUUCUACCUUGGGCGUAAAAAAUCUUUAUUGGGGUGAACCAAUUCAAACAGAUCAACCUUAAUAAUAGUUUUCGAUUUCAGUAGGCAUAUGUCUGAGAAACCUGUUUUGCUGUUCGUUAAUACAAGUGCUCUCUGAUGUUAUCAGCAUCCCUCAUCUUGAAAAUCACUGUAUUUCCACUUUCAUUCCUGGGGAGCCAUUGCUCUCUGGUCCCCAUUUCCUGUGUGCUAAAUUGAGCUCCUGUUUGUUGAUAAAGUAAGGCAGCAGUUGUUAUAUAUUCCAACAGAAUUUGCUGCUCAUUCCAGCAAAAGAAUGAGACUGCUUUGCUAAUACUUCCCCACUACUGAUUUGAGCUUCCUGUAAACAAAUACAUUUAUAUACAAGUUAGUGAAAGCAUUAUGGCUUUGGGGCAAAUGAACGUAGAGGAUCACUUAAUGGAAAUGUGUUCUCUAUAAUAAAAAAAAAGUAAAUAGCAAGAGACCUUAUUUUUCAUUAACCCCACUUGGCAUGGGAGGUGCUUGGAUUCAGGAAGCUAUGAUGCUUAGGCCCAGAAAUUUUAAUUUUUUUAAGUCUUCAGUAGUAAUAGAAAUAUCCUCCUGCCUUACUGACCUCAGGAUUUGGAGGCUACAGGUGGACUAAGAGCAUUUUAAUGUUACGUGUACAGAUUUCUUUUGAGCUGCUUUUGCCUGUACCUGCUUUUUGUCCCUAUUUCUUAUGCAUGUUUAGCUAUACAAAAUGAAGACUCUUCUUUCAGCAUAGGAAAGUGCAUCUCCAAAACGAGAUGCUUGAUGAUAUGAUUAUGAAAAUUAGCUGGGGAUAUUUUUAUCCUGGUUUAGGUAGGUCAUCACAGAUGUGUGGAAUAUUUUUACUGCUGUUGAAACAGGAGCCAUAGAUAAUCUGAAAGUAGCCAGGAUUCUGCCUUGCUAACCAUGCAUAUCCAGAAUAGCCAAAUCCCUAUUUGUUAACUACAAAUAAGCUAUCAUCCAAGAAUCCUUUCCACAAAAUUAAAAAUUUUCUUUGGCUAAUAAAACUGAGAAGAGCUGAAGGUUUUUUGCAAAUACUUUGAAAUUGAAAGUCAAAUUGUUCAUAGUACCACAAGUAGUCACCCAUGCAGCUCUGCGAGUUUGUUAAUAUGACAACAUCAGUUUUUAUUUUCUUCUGGAAGCUAUAAUACUUUUCAAGGACCCCAUGGAAAGUUUUACAAAUGUUUCUUGGGUGGUUUUGAUUUGGUAGUUUUGGCUUUGGAUUUGUUGUUUUUUUGGAAGUGGAUGGCACUCUGGAAAAUGUGCCUAAUUCUACCCUAUGAGUCACUCUGCAGUUGGCUCUUUUGCUAGGGUGUGUAUUCAGUGGUUUUAAUGACAGGAAUAAUUUAUGUGAAAUGAAGGGUACUCCCUCACUGCUUAGUGGAUGGUAUUCAAAAGUGCUAGAGUAAAAUCAUUUGACUAUAUGUAAAAACUUGAGAAAGUUUCAUCUGCAUUAUCUUUAGUUGGUGCACAGAGCAGCCUGUGCUUUGCUCAGAGGGCACUCAAAGCAAAACACGUUUUGAAGAGAUCUCUGAAGCAGUAUUGUGCGUUUCUCUAGAUUUUUAUACUUAGCUUCGUUAGGGGAUACCAGCAUAAUGUAGUUCCUGUGGAAGUAUUGUAAUUUGGUGUGAUAAGAGUUUGGCUCAAAACUGUCAUGUUCCAGAGAACUUGGAAAUAGCUGAAAAUAGUAUCAUAAAGUCACAGUCGGAAAUAGCCUGAGCUUCCUGUAGUAAUGAUAAGAGAUAUCUAUAUGGCACUAGGAGCAAUACUACUCCACUACUGAGAGCUCCAUGUUUCUGGUAACAGAUCUUUUAUUUCAAAUUUUAAUAACACAGGCUGAACAGUGCAAGGGCUCCUAGAUUGACUUUACAUAACUUUAAGUCAUUGCAUUACUUUAUUUUCACCUUUUACAGUAUGAUUUGAAACUGUCAACAUGGACUUUUCACGUCUACACACGUACACCCCUCCCCAAUGUCUGCCAGAGAACACUGGCUAUACAUAUGCACUCAGUUCGAGUUAUUCUUCAUCUGCUUUGGAUUUUGAGACUGAGAACAAAAUAGAUCCAGUGUUUGAUUCGCCCAGAAUGUCACGGCGUAGUUUACGGUUGGCUGCUGGAGGAUACAGUAAAGCAGAUGAUGGACAGAGUGAUUCCCUUCAUGACAGCUCUUAUGCUGGAAACAUGUCUUACUUGCCUUUGUUUCCUAGGGUGGUGAAGCAACGCAGAAGUAUGACCAAACAGUCUGGCAGUGGAAGACACGUGCCAAGGAAAAAUCUGUCCAGCUCAUCUAUUUUUAGCCAGAGCAGUUUCAAUAGCCAUGCCAGUGAUACAUCAAUGAUAUCCACUAUAUUGGAUGAGUCUCUGAUUCGGGAGCAGACAGAAGUUGAUCAUUUCUGGGGCCUUGAUGAAGAAGGCGACCCCAAAGGCAGUGACACCACGCUGCUGCAGGGGAACGGGGGCAUGGCAGCAGCAGCAGAGCUGCAGCCCACGCUGAACGGCUACACGUGCAGUGACUGCAGCAUGCUGUCAGAGAGGAAGGAGGUCCUCACUGCCUACUCAGCUUCCCACGUGCCAUCCUCCAGGAUCUACACUAGGGACAGGAGCCAGAAACAUGCAUCUAGAGGAACGUAUUUCUACAUGAGUAAGAUUCUACGAUUGGUCAAAAAUACUGCAGCAUCUUUUGCAUCACUAUUAGUGCAACUAUUUCAAAUGGUUUUGCUGAAGCUGGGUUAUGAAUAUAAAGCUCACUCAGACUACUGUGGCAGCAUGAAUGUAAAGGAGUUCUACAGAGAAGAUCGUCAUCUUGGUGUGAAUGAGGAAUCAAUAUGUGAUGACUGUAAAGGGAAGAAACAUCUUGAAAUAUACACCACAGACCACAUGCAGUCCUCAUGGGCUAAAAGGGUAGCAAGGACCAUUUGGCACACCUUUUCUUCUGCAGGUUACUUUAUGCUUCACGUGUUGCGAACAGUGGGAGCGACGGGAUGGCUUGUGUCACAGAAGGUGUUGUCUCUACUUUGGCUGGCCAUUCUCUCUCCAGGGAGGGCAGCUUCUGGCAUGUUCAGGUUGCUUAGAACUGGAUGGUAUCAACUUGUUACUCUGAUGUCUUUGCUCAAGGUGUUUCUUAUAAGAAGAUGCCUUCCGAGGAACUACAGGUGGUUACUGUUUCUUAUCCCACUCCUGUUUCUACUAGGUUUGUGGUUCUGGGGGCUUGAUGGCUUCAUUUCAUUAAUACCUCCAUUGAACUGGACAAGAAUUGACACAAUACAGAAAAGAGAUGAUUCUGUUCGUGUUCCUGAGCCACAGGAUGAUUAUUUUCAUUCUGUGCAACCCCCAAAGGAUACCAUAAAUGUCUUUGACUUUGGUCGCAUAAGUGAGCUGGAAAAGCAAAUGGCCUUCGUGUCUGACAGAUGCCAUGACCGAAACCAAGAAUAUAACAAAGUGAUGAGCCUACUCCAGAAUCUUCAAGAUCAGGUUGCCACCAUGAGUGACAGAAGUGAAACAUUGAAUUUAAUAAAAAAUGUGAUGAGUCAAUAUCUUAAAGAUAUGAAAUUGGAGGAAAAGACCGACUUCCUGGCUUUACAUAAAGAACAUGAGUUGCGCAUCCAGACACUGGAAGACCUUCUUAGAAAACUCUCAGCUGAAUCCAAGGACAUCCAGAAGGAGUUUGACCUAGCCAAAUCAAAAUCAGUGAGAGAUGAUGAUCAGUACAGUCUACUUAUGUCCAGAAUUAAAAAGCUAGAACUAGAGCUGGCUUCUAUGAAAUCAGAGCUGUUAUCUGGGGAAAGUGUGAAGACGAGUUGUGAGAAAAUGGAUGUCAUUCAUGAAAAAGUAGAUGCCCAGGUCAAAGAAUCUGUCAAGCUAAUGCUUUUUGGUGAUCAACAAGAAGACUUUCCUGAAUCACUUCUCCAGUGGCUUACCUCCAAUUUUGUGAGCAAAAGUGAUCUACAGACUUUGCUGCGGGAUCUUGAGUUGCAGAUCCUCAAGAACAUUACUCUCCAUAUGUCUGUAACAAACCAAAAAGUAACAUCUGAAGUAGUUACAAGUGCUGUGACUAAUGCAGGGAUUUCUGGGAUCACAGAAGCGCAAGCACAAAUUAUUGUAAAUAAUGCACUGAAACUCUACUCUCAAGACAAGACUGGGAUGGUGGAUUUUGCCUUGGAAUCUGGAGGUGGCAGCAUUCUGAGUACUCGCUGUUCUGAAACCUAUGAGACCAAGACAGCAUUAAUUAGCCUCUUUGGAAUUCCUCUGUGGUACUUCUCUCAGUCUCCCAGAGUGGUGAUUCAGCCCGACAUGUAUCCAGGAAACUGCUGGGCUUUCAAAGGAUCACAGGGCUACCUUGUGGUGAGACUUUCCAUGAAGAUCUAUCCAACUGCCUUUACACUGGAACACAUACCAAAAACUCUUUCACCAACAGGAAAUAUCACCAGUGCUCCUAGGAAUUUUUCAGUAUAUGGUCUGGAUGAUGAAUAUCAAGAAGAAGGCAAGCUUCUAGGAGAGUAUGUCUAUGAUCAAGAUGGAGAACCACUGCAGAUGUUUCCAGUGAUGGAGAAAAAUGAAGAUGCAUUCCAAAUAGUGGAGCUGAGGAUUUUCUCUAACUGGGGCCACGCAGAGUACACCUGCCUUUAUCGGUUCAGAGUGCACGGGAAACCUGCCGAGUAACUCACACUACAGCUGGGGGUGGCUGCUUUGUACAUUUUGUUCCUAAUCUGUAUAUACUGGGAAGCCUACAACACUGGAAUCUGCAAAGGACGAGGAUGCAAGGUGCACACUGCAGAACUAUUGAUCCUCUGGUAAAGGCAGAAGACUGUCAGCAGAAAUGUAUAAACCCCAAUUUUUAUUUGCUGUAAAGCUCAGCUUGUAAUUGCCAGUUCGCUUCAUAUUUCUGUGUCCAUGCUGAGAGAAAUAAUGCAUGCAAACAGCUCUGGUUCAUAAAGCCCAGUUGGUAAACAGGUGACACAUAUUUUAUUACAAAUGAAUGUAUAGGUUUUUUUAAAAGAAUAAACCACACUUUCUGCAACUAGGAAUCUGUUCUUUUUUAAUCCAGGACUUAACUGCAUACUUUUGCUAGCUUGGCACCAUAAGCCAAAAACUGUGGUACAUUUUGAACACUGACUGUGGCUAAAGGUGUCCUUCAGUUGACAGUUGGUUUUGACCUUUUUGGUGGAUCCAAAAGGGCUUCUUUGCUACAUAUUGAAUAUAAUAAAUACUACUGUCAGGGAAAGCUAACACAACCAAAACCAGUUUAAACACCAGCGACUGAGAAUGCUUUACUGUAAUUUGUGGCCGUGAAUUGCUCUAAAAGUCAGGGAUAACUUUAAGUAACUGAAGUUAUUUUAAGGUUUUUUUACCAUGGCAACUUGGCCAGCUUGUUCUUUUUUUAGUGUCAAUCCCAAAUCGACCUUGAUGUACUGACUGACUGGCUCGGAGCUGAUAAGCCUGCUGCAUUGUUCAGUAAACACUGCUAUACAGCAGUUGCACUACCUUAGUUUGUCAAAAGUGAUCUCUUUGAGACAAGAUCUCCUUAGACUGGUUGAUUGUUAUCCUCCAUAAAUGUACUGUGAGAAUUUGGUGUGUGGAAAAUAAGCCUGAAGUAAUUCUCGCUGCGUCACAUUUACAAGAGGGACUCGAGCUCAGCGCUGCUGUGUGCAAACACGGGCAUUCCUGAUCCUCCCCACAAGCCUUAGUCGGGUACCAGAUGAGUAGAGUUGCUCUUGGAAACAACAUUUCCACGUAGAACGAGAUGAAACUGCUUAUUGCCCCCUUAGCCUUGCUGCUUUGAAGAUCCUUUUCAGAAAAGAUUCCUGAAAUUCACUUGUAUGCAGAAUUUUUAUCUUGCUGUUCUAGUGCAUUUUGUAGUUACACAGAACUGUUACCACAUGGACCUGCUGACUGGUUUUCUGAAUUGAGUUAUGUAUGUUGCACAACAGUCCUCGAAUGUUUGAAAUACAAAAAGUCUCCAUGUGAAGAACUGUUUUUCACUCGACUUAGAGACAGAACCUAUGGCCUACGCAGAGUGGUAGAUGAACACAUACAUGUACAGGUGUUUUCAUAUUACAGGUUACAUAUUUAAAAUUAGAAUUAUCCUGUAUAAAUUGAAGUUAGGUAGCUGGGGGGGAAUAUUUUGAAUAACACUAACUUAUUUUUAAAAAAGCAAGAUAGGACUUUGUGCAAUGUAUUUUUGUAAAUGCUUUUCAAAAUGUCUGUUAUUCUUUGCUGCCUCCAAACUGACAAGAUGCUAUUGAGAUGUUUAAAUAAAGAGUUUUAAUUUUUGAAA